CGAGGAUUCUCAAAAUCUUCAUGGACCUCUGACAAAACCUAGCCUGCAAACAAAAACGUCAAGUCUUCAAAAACCAUGUCGCCUAUUGGGGUUCAACUCCAUAUUCAGGAUACUCAUGUGAUGAUAGAUAAUGGCGUACUCCAACUGACAUUAUCGAACCCUGAUGGAAUUGUGACCGGCAUUCGAUAUAAUGACAUCGACAACUUGCUGGAAGUUCUAAAUGAAGAAUCGAAUAGAGGGUACUGGGACCUUGUUUGGAGCUCACCGGGUACUGCUGGAACUGCUGGCUUAUUUGACGUGAUUAAGGGAACAAGUUUUAAGGUUAUAGUGGAAAAUGAGGAUCAAGUUGAGGUCUCCUUCACAAGGACGUGGGAUUCCUCCCAAGAGGGCAGGCUUGUUCCUCUAAAUAUAGACAAAAGGUUCAUUGUGCUGCGUGGUUGCUCAGGCUUCUACUCUUAUGCCAUUUAUGAGCACUUGAAAGAUUGGCCUGGUUUUAACCUCGCUGAGACCAGAAUCGCAUUCAAGCUGAGAAAAGACAAGUUUCACUACAUGGCUAUGGCAGACAGUAGGCAAAGAUUCAUGCCUCUGCCUGAUGACCGGUUGCCAGGAAGAGGUCAAGCCCUGGCUUACCCAGAAGCUGUCCUCCUGGUUGACCCCGUGGAGCCCGAGUUGAAAGGAGAGGUGGAUGACAAGUACCAAUAUUCAUGUGACAACAGAUACAGCCAAGUCCACGGCUGGAUACGCACUGACCAACCAGCAGUAGGAUUCUGGAUGAUCACACCCGGCAACGAGUUCCGCUCCGGUGGACCCGUCAAACAGAACUUAACCUCUCAUGUGGGCCCCACCACCCUUGCUGUGUUUCUCAGUGCUCAUUAUUCCGGAGAAGACCUGGUGCCGAAAUUCAGUGCAGGCGAGGCCUGGAAGAAAGUGUUUGGCCCUGUUUUUAUCUAUCUCAACUAUGCAAUGGAAGGAGAUGAUCCGUUUUCGCUUUGGGAGGAUGCUAAAGAACAGAUGAUUACUGAAGUCCAGAGCUGGCCUUACACUUUCCCAGCUUCAGAGGAUUUUCCUAAAUCGGACCAACGGGGUAGUGUUAGCGGUAGACUUCUUGUGCAUGACAGGUACGUUAGUGAUGACAACAUACCAGCAAAUGGAGCUUACAUAGGAUUGGCUCCACCAGGAAAUGCUGGCUCAUGGCAAAGAGAAUGCAAGGACUACCAAUUUUGGACCCAAACAGACGUAAAUGGCUAUUUUUUGAUCAAUGACAUACGAACCGCUGAUUAUAACCUUUACGCAUGGGUUCCUGGUUUUAUUGGAGAUUAUCGAUCUGAUGUUGCCAUCACUAUAACUCCAGGUAGUUAUAUUGAGGUGGGUGAUCUCAUUUAUGAACCUCCGAGAAAUGGACCUACAUUGUGGGAAAUAGGCAUCCCUGAUCGUUCUGCUGCAGAAUUUUAUGUCCCAGAUCCUAAUCCUAAGUACAUCAACAAACUUUAUGUUAACCAUCCUGAUAGGUUUAGACAGUAUGGACUAUGGGAAAGAUAUGCAGAACUGUAUCCUGUUGGAGAUCUAGUUUACACAGUUGGCAGUAGUGACUACAAAAAAGAUUGGUUCUUUGCUCAAGUAACCAGGAAGACUGAUGAUAACAAGUAUCAAGGAACAACAUGGCAAAUUAGGUUCAAACUUGACAAUGUGGAUCAGAGUAAUUCCUAUAAAUUACGCUUGGCGAUUGCAUCUGCAACUUUAUCCGAAUUGCAGAUUCGAAUUAAUGAUCCAAAAGGAAAUCCUUUAUUUUCAAGUGGACUAUUCGGGAGGGACAACUCAAUUGCAAGGCAUGGAAUUCAUGGACUCUACUGGCUGUACAAUGUAGAUAUACCUGGAAAACUGCUUGUACAAGGUGAUAACACUAUCUUCCUGACGCAACCACGAAGCAGCGGUCCGUUUCAAGGGAUUAUGUAUGAUUACAUACGAUUAGAAGGCCCCCCAACUUCAAGUUCCAAGAAAGAACAUAUGAGUGCAUUGUCAGAGGAGAUGGAAUUGGAUCAUAAUCGUUGAACGUUUGUUGUUUGUCCUGAUCAAAGCUGCAUUAAAGUAA